UCCACUGUGCUGUGUGAACUAAUUACCAGUGAACAAUAAUGUGACUUCUAUGGAAAGAGCCAUACUGCAAUCAUAUUAUGGCCCACUAAAACCAACAAACAUGCAAGUGUUAAAACCUCAACCACUGCAGGUCUGGAGGAGAGAGAGCUAGUGAGUGAGCGAGUGAGUGAGCGAGAGAGAGUUUAAAAAAAGAGAGAGAGAGCGAGUGGGCGAGCGAGCGAGUUCUCUGUAAGCGCGUCUCCAUUCGUGUGCAGCUCCUCUGUAGUUUCAUGUUGAGUCGUGUUUGUUUCUUCCACUGAAGUUUUCAUGCCACAGCAGAAGAUCACUGACACACAAAACUAGAAACGGACUGAAGCGAUGGGCCCAAACGAAGCCGUUCUGCCACCCAGUGUCCGCUCAACCUUCAAUGGCACGAUCAGCCCGUACAAAGCAACUCUCGUUCCGCUUUUUGACGCCCGUGUUCUCGCCGCUGAGGAAGACUGAGAGCAAAAAGACAUUUUUUCUGGUGAACCAGGGUGGCGCUUCACUGCGGUCUGGCCGUGACCACCAGCGCAGGGAUGGCCAACGCGUCCUCGGUCGCCCUCACGAGCGCCUACGAGGACUACCACUGCAACGAAAUCCUUCAGCUGCACUAUAACUACACUGGCAAACUGGAGCAGGACCGAUACAAAGACAGACUGAAACCGGAAGCCGUCGUCUUCCUCUUCAUCUGCCUCCUGAUCGUCGUGGAGAACUCCAUCGUCCUCAUGACCAUCUGGAGGAACAAGAAGUUCCACAUGCCCAUGUACUACCUGCUGGGCAACCUGACGCUCUCGGACCUGCUGGCCGGUUUCACCUACAUGCUGAACAUCGCGCUGUCGGGCCCGUACACGCUGAAGCUGACGCCGCUGCUGUGGUUUCUGAGGGAAGGCGGCGUGUUCAUCACGCUGGCGGCGUCCGUCAUCAGCCUGCUGGCCAUCGCCAUCGAGCGCUACUUCACCAUGCUCAACACCAAGCCGUACCACCGCGCCAAACGCAACCGCAUGUUCGCUCUGAUCGCGGCCAGCUGGGCGCUGUCGCUGUUGCUGGGCGCCCUGCCCGUUAUGGGAUGGAACUGUGUGCAUGACCUGCCCAACUGCUCCACCGUGCUGCCGCUCUACGCCAAGAGCUACAUCUUCUUCUGCGUGUUCGUGUUCAUGGCCGUCCUGCUGGCCAUCGUCCUGCUGUACGGACGCAUCUUUCACUUCGUCAAGUCCAACACGCAGAACCCGGUGUGCGUGCAGCGCAAACCCUACGGCCUUCGCUCGCGGAAGUACAUGGCGCUGCUGAAGACGGUCACCAUCGUGCUGGGGGUGUUCAUCCUGUGCUGGAUGCCGCUGUUCGUGCUCCUGCUGAUGGACUUCAUGUGUCCCGUGAAGGAGUGUCCCAUCCUCUUCAAGGCCGAUUACUUCCUGGGCGUGGCCAUGAUCAAUUCUUUCAUCAACCCCGUCAUUUACACGCUGACGAGCAGAGACAUGCGCCGGGGCUUCCUGAAGCUGCUCUGCUGCCCCUGCCUGAUGACCAAGGACGGGCGCAUCAAGAAGAUCGGCAUUCGCAUCAGCCUCACGAAGACGGACGCGACCCGGCACGGACUGGAGACGACCAUCUCGUCGGGCAACGGCACCACCUUACCCGUCAAAUCCAUCUAUCCCAAACUCAAGCUGUCCGUCGUCGCGUAAGCCCUCUCCUGACCGUACGCGUUCGGCGCGUGACCCCGAACGCAUUUAAGACUCUUUCGCGCGGACCGAAAGAGAAACGUGAAAUUUCAAAUGUGACAGUCGCUUUAUGGCAAAGUUCGCUACACGGACCUGAAUACUUGCUGUCCUGGGCAGAAAGACUUUUUCAGCAUUUUAACGUUCAGUCCUUUACAUAUGAACUGAGUUAAACACUCAGAAUGACAGAGACUCAGAUAUCGGUUCAUCAGUCGCUAUCGGUUUGAGAUCUGAAUGCAUGCAAAGGCUUCAAACAAACAUGUCGUACGCUGCACCGAACAGCAGACGGCCUGUUACAGCGACCUUGAGCUCGGAAAAGGCGCUUAACAAAUAAAACUGUUAUUGUUAUUAUAUAUGACAAUAUACUCCUGUCAUUUCUGCUACUGCUAAAUGCACACCAAACCUCCACAGAUAAAAGAAGCAACAUGAAGAACAUCGCUGUAGAUAUUCCACUCCUGUGCUCUUAUCGAAUGUUAAACUGUGAGCAUCUCUUCACACAGAAGCAUAUUUAAGGUGUCUGUAGUAAAUGCUUGACAUGCAUUUUUACAAGCUUUUGUAAAAACUGAUUGAUAUUAAA